GGUGGGGCUUUGCUAGGAGCAACGUUGGGAGGAGGGGCCGCUGAUGCUGCUGCUCUCAACUGCUGUUCUCCUCCUCCUCCUUUCCUUUUCCUCCUCCUCCUUUCCUUCUCCUCCUCCUCCUUUCCUUCUCCUCCUCCUCCUUCCCUCCUCCUCCUCCUCCUCCAGAUCAGCAGAGCGCAAUUCUGCAGGCCACCAACAACCUCUUACGGACAUUUUCUGCAGCGGGAGACCUCGGGCGGCGGGAGACCCGAGGCGGAGAGAGCAGGCAGGAAGAAAAGCAAAGCAGGAGUAAGGCAAGCGGGGUCUCUCCGGGGGACGCAUUCCUUCAGGUGGCGGUGGAAGGCACGACCGGCGGGCAUGGUACCAGCUCUUCUUGUGUAAAGAGAUAACAGGAAAGACCACAUUACAGGAUGAAAAGAUGGCAGUGUUGGUGCCCCCAGGACCCGACAGCUUCGCCUACUUCACCCGGCAGUCCCUUGUGGCGAUCGAGCAACGCAUCGCUGAAGACAAAGACAAAGAAUCCAAGGAAGAAAAGAAAGACGACGAUGAUGAGGAUGCCCCAAAGCCCAAUAGUGACUUGGAAGCUGGAAAACAGCUGCCGUUCAUUUAUGGCGACAUUCCCCCGGGAAUGGUAUCCACACCCCUGGAGGACCUGGACCCAUUCUACAUGGAUAAAAAAACUUUCAUAGUAUUGAACAGAGGAAAAACAAUCUUCCGAUUCAGUGCCACCCCUGCCUUGUACAUUUUAAGUCCUUUCAAUCUUCUUAGAAAAAUAUCGAUUAAAAUUUUAGUACAUUCCUUAUUCAGCAUGCUCAUUAUGUGCACUAUCCUGACCAACUGUAUAUUUAUGACCCUGAGUAAUCCUCCGGAGUGGGCAAAAAUUGUAGAGUAUACUUUCACUGGAAUAUAUACUUUUGAAUCACUUGUAAAGAUCCUUGCAAGAGGCUUCUGUAUAGGACCAUUUACUUUCCUCCGCGACCCAUGGAACUGGCUCGAUUUCACUGUUAUUUCAUUUGCGUAUUUAACAGAGUUUGUAAACCUAGGCAAUGUUUCAGCUCUUCGAACUUUCAGAGUCUUGAGAGCUUUGAAAACUAUUUCUGUAAUCCCAGGGCUAAAGACCAUCGUGGGGGCCCUUAUCCAGUCAGUAAAGAAGCUUUCCGAUGUAAUGAUCCUGACUGUGUUUUGUCUGAGUGUAUUUGCACUGAUAGGACUGCAGCUGUUCAUGGGUAACCUGAGGCAUAAAUGCUUGAAAUGGCCUCCAAGCAAUUCUACAUACUACAAUGAAACAAUGCAAAACUUAACUGGAAACCUGUUUAACAAGGAAGAAUACCUCAGUGAAAAAAAAAACUUCUAUUAUUUGGAGGGACAAAAGGAUGCUCUCCUCUGUGGUAACGGUUCAGAUGCAGGCCAGUGCCCGGAAGGGUAUGUGUGUGUGAAAGCUGGAGUGAAUCCUGAUUAUGGCUAUACCAGUUUUGAUACCUUCAGCUGGGCCUUCUUGGCUCUAUUUCGGUUGAUGACUCAGGACUAUUGGGAAAAUCUCUACCAGCAGACCUUACGUGCUGCAGGAAAAACAUACAUGAUAUUUUUUGUCCUGGUGAUCUUCUUGGGCUCUUUUUAUCUGAUAAACCUGAUCCUGGCUGUGGUCGCCAUGGCCUAUGAGGAGCAAAAUCAGGCCACCAUGGAAGAAGCAAAGCAAAAAGAAGAAGAAUUUCAACAGAUGUUGGAACAGCUUAAGAGGCAACAGGAAGAAGCUCAGGCUAUAGCAGCAGCAGCAGCAGAAUAUAGAAGUGCCGGUGGAGGCAGAGGAAUGGUACUUUCAGAAAGUUCUUCGGAAGCCUCCAGGCUGAGCUCUAAGAGUGCUAAGGAAAGGAGAAACCGGAGAAAGAAAAAAAACCAGAAGAAACAAUCUAGUGGAGAAGAAAAAGGGGAUGAUGAAAAACUGCCUAAAUCUGAAUCGGAGGAGAGUAUCAGGAGAAAAAGUUUCCUCCUUGGUGUAGAAGGCAGCAGGCAGGCACGUGAAAAGAGACUCUCUUCUCCCAACCAGUCACCGCUCAGCAUCCGCGGCUCCUUGUUUUCUGCAAGACGCAGCAGCAGAACAAGUCUCUUUAGCUUCAGGGGCCGAGGCAAAGAUGUCGGAUCCGAGACUGAAUUUGCCGAUGACGAACACAGCAUUUUUGGAGACAACGAGAGCAGGAGAGGCUCUCUGUUUGUGCCUCACAGACCCAAAGAGCGGCGCAGUAGUAACUUGAGCCAGGCCAGUAGGUCUCUCCGGAUGCUGCCGGUACUUCCGGUGAACGGGAAGAUGCACAGCACCGUGGAUUGCAAUGGGGUGGUCUCCCUAGUUGAUGGUCCUUCGGCCCUUAUGCUGCCUAAUGGACAGCUUCUGCCAGAGGUGAUAAUAGUUAAGGCAACUUCCGAUGACGAUGGCUUGACUACAGAACUAGACAUGAGGAAAAGACGAUCAAGUUCCUACCACAUUUCCAUGGAUAUGUUGGAUGAUCCCACUCUGAGACAAAGAGCAAUGAGUAUAGCCAGCAUAAUAACAAACACCAUGGAAGAACUUGAAGAGUCCAGGCAGAAAUGCCCACCAUGCUGGUAUAGAUUUGCAAACACUUUCUUGAUCUGGAACUGCUCUCCACAUUGGUUAAAAUUCAAAGGCAUUGUCAAUUUAAUUGUAAUGGACCCAUUUGUUGAUCUCGCCAUCACCAUUUGCAUUGUUUUAAACACAUUAUUUAUGGCCAUGGAACAUCAUCCAAUGACUGAACACUUCCGAAAUGUGCUCACUGUGGGAAACUUGGUCUUUACUGGGAUAUUCACAGCAGAGAUGGUCUUCAAGCUAAUUGCCAUGGACCCAUACGAGUAUUUCCAAGUAGGCUGGAAUAUUUUUGACAGUGUAAUUGUGACUCUUAGCUUAGUGGAACUUUUUCUAGCGGAUGUGGAAGGAUUAUCAGUUCUCCGGUCAUUCAGAUUGCUUCGGGUUUUCAAGCUGGCAAAGUCUUGGCCCACACUGAACAUGCUAAUAAAGAUCAUUGGCAACUCUGUGGGGGCUCUGGGAAACUUGACCUUGGUGUUGGCCAUCAUUGUCUUCAUCUUCGCCGUAGUCGGGAUGCAGCUCUUUGGGAAGAACUAUAUCGAAUGUGUCUGCAAGAUCAACGAAGACUGUGUGCUCCCACGCUGGCACAUGAAUGACUUCUUCCACUCUUUUCUGAUUGUGUUCCGUGUUCUGUGUGGAGAGUGGAUAGAGACCAUGUGGGACUGUAUGGAGGUUGCAGGUCAAGCCAUGUGCCUUAUCGUUUACAUGAUGGUCAUGGUGAUCGGAAACUUAGUGGUAUUGAAUCUGUUUUUGGCCUUGCUACUGAGCUCAUUUAGUUCUGACAACCUCUCUGCAGUUGAAGAGGAUAAUGAAGUAAACAACCUACAGCUUGCUGUGUCCAGGAUUGAUAAGGGAAUAAAGUAUUUGAAAAAAAUGAUGCAUGAAAUCAUUCAAAAAGCUGUUUUUAAGAAGCAAGAGACUACAAGUGAAAUCAAGUGCCUGGAAGACUUGAACAACAAAAGAGACAACUACAUAUCCAACCGAACCCUUGCUGAAAUAAGCAGAGACCAAGAUUUCCACAAGGACAAGGAUAGAACCAGUGGUUUUAGUAGCAGCAUGGAAAAGUACAUGAUGGAUGAAAGUGACUGUCAGUCAUUUAUACACAACCCUAGCCUUACAGUAACUGUUCCGAUUGCCCUCGUAGAAUCUGAUUUUGAAAAUGUAAAUACUGAAGAGUUUAGCAGUGAAUCAGAUGUUGACGGGAGUAAAGAGAAACUGAAUGGAUCCAGCUCCUCUGAGGGUAGCACAGUUGAUAUUGUUCUCCCUGGAGAAGGAGUAGAGGCAGAAGCUGAGCCUGAAGAAUCAGAUGAACCAGAGGCCUGUUUUACAGAUGGCUGUAUACGGAGAUUCCCAUGCUGCCAUGUCAAUGUAGAGUCUGGGAAAGGAAAAAUCUGGUGGAACAUCAGGAAAACCUGUUACAGGAUAGUAGAGCACAACUGGUUUGAGAGUUUCAUUGUCCUCAUGAUUCUGCUCAGCAGUGGAGCUCUGGCUUUUGAAGACAUAUACAUUGAACAGCGAAAGAUUGUCAAGAUCAUAUUAGAAUAUGCAGACAAGAUCUUCACGUACAUUUUCAUCCUAGAAAUGCUACUAAAAUGGGUGGCAUAUGGUUAUAAAACGUAUUUCACUAAUGCCUGGUGCUGGUUGGAUUUCCUCAUUGUUGAUGUCUCAUUGGUCAGUUUGGUGGCCAAUGCUCUGGGGUACUCAGAGCUUGGUCCCAUUAAAUCCCUUCGGACACUGAGAGCUUUAAGACCUCUGAGAGCUUUAUCCCGGUUUGAAGGAAUGAGGGUGGUGGUGAAUGCACUGGUGGGAGCUAUUCCUUCGAUCAUGAACGUGCUUCUGGUGUGUCUCAUAUUCUGGCUAAUCUUCAGCAUCAUGGGGGUAAAUCUGUUUGCUGGCAAGUUCUAUGAAUGUGUCAACACCACAAGUGGCGAGAGGUUCCCUACGUCGGAAGUCAUGAAUCUGUCUGAUUGUGAGCGACUGAGGAAUGAAAAUCCAGGUGAUGUGCGAUGGAAAAAUGUGAAAGUCAACUUUGAUAAUGUUGGAGCUGGAUACCUUUCUCUGCUUCAAGUAGCCACAUUUAAAGGAUGGAUGGAUAUUAUGUAUGCAGCUGUUGAUUCAGUUAAUAUAAACGAGCAGCCCAAGUAUGAAGAAAACCUCUAUAUGUACAUUUACUUUGUCAUCUUCAUCAUCUUUGGGUCAUUCUUCACCCUGAACCUAUUCAUUGGUGUCAUCAUAGAUAAUUUCAACCAACAAAAAAAGAAGUUUGGAGGUCAAGACAUCUUUAUGACGGAGGAACAGAAAAAAUACUACAAUGCAAUGAAAAAACUGGGAUCUAAGAAACCACAAAAACCUAUACCUCGACCAGGGAACCGAUUCCAAGGAUUUAUCUUUGAUCUGGUGACAAAACAAGCUUUUGACAUCACCAUCAUGGUGCUCAUCUGCCUGAACAUGGUAACCAUGAUGGUGGAAACCGAUGACCAGAGCGAAUACAUGACUGACAUUUUGUAUUGGAUCAACGUGGUGUUCAUCGUGCUGUUCACGGGAGAAUGUGUGCUGAAGCUGAUCUCCCUCCGCCAUUAUUACUUCACCAUUGGCUGGAAUAUCUUUGACUUUGUGGUUGUCAUUCUCUCCAUCGUAGGCAUGUUUCUAGCCGAGCUGAUAGAAAAAUACUUCGUGUCCCCGACCCUGUUCCGCGUGAUCCGACUGGCCAGGAUCGGGAGGAUCCUGCGGCUCAUCAAAGGAGCCAAGGGGAUUCGCACCCUGCUCUUUGCUCUGAUGAUGUCACUUCCUGCCUUGUUUAACAUCGGCCUCUUGCUCUUCCUGGUCAUGUUCAUCUAUGCAAUCUUUGGCAUGUCCAACUUCGCCUAUGUUAAAAAAGAAGCAGGAAUCAAUGACAUGUUCAACUUCGAAACCUUCGGCAACAGCAUGAUCUGCCUGUUCCAGAUCACCACCUCCGCUGGAUGGGACGGUUUGCUGGCGCCAAUCCUGAACAGUGGAGAGCCAGACUGUGACCCAAAUAAAGCAAACCCUGGAAGCUCAGUCAAAGGAGAUUGUGGCAACCCCUCUGUUGGGAUUUUCUAUUUUGUGAGUUACAUCAUCAUAUCGUUUCUGGUGGUGGUGAACAUGUACAUCGCUGUCAUCCUGGAGAACUUCAGCGUUGCCACCGAAGAAAGCGCCGAGCCCCUGAGCGAGGAUGACUUUGAGAUGUUCUAUGAGGUGUGGGAGAAGUUUGACCCCGACGCAACCCAGUUCAUAGAGUACAGUAAACUCUCUGACUUUGCUGCGGCUCUGGAUCCCCCGCUUCUCAUAGCCAAACCGAACAAAGUCCAGCUCAUCGCCAUGGACCUGCCCAUGGUCAGCGGGGACCGGAUCCACUGCCUCGACAUCUUAUUCGCUUUCACCAAGCGUGUUUUGGGUGAAGGUGGGGAGAUGGACACUCUUCGCUUACAGAUGGAAGAAAGAUUCAUGGCAGCCAAUCCUUCCAAAGUAUCCUAUGAGCCAAUUACAACUACACUGAAAAGGAAGCAAGAGGAGGUAUCCGCUACUAUCAUUCAAAGUGCAUAUAAGCGUUACCGCUUAAGGCAAAAUGUCAAAACUGCCCCCAUUGUAUUGAACAAAGACGGUGGCGUUGAUUCAUCUGUUAAAGAAGAUAGAUUUUUUGACAAGCCUAAUGAAAAUUCGAUAGCAGAUGUGACCCCCUCCACCACGUCCCCACCUCCCUAUGACAGUGUAACAAAGCCAGACAAGGAAAAGUACGAAAAAGACAAAUCUGAAAAGGAAGACAAAGGGAAAGAUUCCCGAGAAGGUAAAAAGUAAAAAAAGAAACAAAUAAUUCCAUUUGGUGAGCAAUUGUUUACAGCCUGUGACGGUGAUCCUUUUGUGUCAGUGGAACUCCUCUAAGAGGUCAAUGCCAAACUGACUGUUUUUACAAACCUACUUACAGGUCAGAGCCUAUAACGAGACAGUGACCCCACAUCAGUAAACUGUGACACUCUGAGAAAGGGAACCAACUGUACGCUCUACUGGCCAAAGAAGAGAGAUCAGUGGCAAAUCAGAUUGCAGGGAGCAUUGAUUGAAGAAUACAAAAAUCUAAAACUUUUCUGCUUAAAAUAAAACUCACUAAUUUGCUAAAGAUAGUCCUAAUUUCAACUGUGAUCAUCUUUUACUAUGUUUCUGUUGCUCAGAUUCAUUUUUCAUGCAUAGAUGAGCAUAUAUAAGCAUUCUAGCUAAGUUUCAAGAAGGUCCUUGAUUUGAUUCUCUGUAAUGUUAUGAUAGGAAUGAUAUAUUGGUUCCUGAGUCUUUGAACUCUGAAUGGCAAAAUGUGGUCACGGGAGAGUUUUAUUUACUGCCAAUUAUGAAAGGGGUUCUAAGUUUUGAGGUGCGAAAAUUCUUUUUAUGCUGCAUCAGGAUUUUUCUGUAUUUUUUCCCACCCAAAAGAAUAUGUAAGCUGUUGACUCUUCGUCAUAUACAGAUCACUAAGCCUUAUAGCCUUCGCUCGCAAGUUCUUGUGCCCAGUAUUCUGGAUCUUCUCCUUAUAGUCUAUGUGUGCAACUUCCAUUUGGUGCGAAGAAGGGAUGCUAGGUAUGUAGUGUUGAGAGAAAGCAUGCAGAUGAAAGAGAGAGGAAGCAGCUACUUCUGAUUCUUUUGAGUCUUCUCUCUAAAACCAACUACGUUAGGGAUCUACCCUAAAAACCUAAAGUAACCCAAAGUAACACUUUAUGACUUUCUUUGUUUUGCUUCCUCUUGCAGUAUUUCUUAACAAUCCUUCAACAGUUGGUGAGAUAGGAAUUUGUAUCUCAGUAAAUGUGUGCUGAUAUGGAAAUAGCUAUUUGACAGAAUGGGGCAUGUCUCAGCAGGAAGAUGAUGAUUUCAGCACAGUAUUUCUUGCAUCAAAUAUGUCCCAUAUUGAGUGUUGGCAAGCUUCCAUCCAAUAAUGAGGUUUUGAUAAUAAUAAUGUUGGUAUUUGUUUUGCAUUCCAUGUCUUUAUAGUACCAGUAACUUGUGGGCAAUUACAGAUGUGUGUUUGUACACCUUAAAUCUGGUCAAUCAAGACUUCCUCAGAAGUCUAAAAAGUGCUUAGUCCAAGGCUCUGUACACAGUAAGCGCUCAAAUACCAUUCAUUGAUUAAUAUGGUAAGCCACAUGAUAGUUGUAACUUGAAAAAAUAGUUUGACUUCAUUGCUUCUUGGCCUUAAGCAAUUCCUUGUGAUGAUUUCAGGGCAGCUUUUCUUUCUUUCUUUUUUUGGUAACUAUAUAACGCAUGGUCCACCUAGACAAUUCCUGGCAUUGCUAACUAUUCAGUCUAAUGAAAAUGUGGUUAGAAUUUUAUAAUAUAAAAAGUUGUAAAAAAAAAAUCUGUUUUGUUUAGAACUUUUGUACAUUACAAGAAAGAAAAACAGUUCAUUUUCAUUUAUAUCCAUGUUACUUUUUCACCCAGAAAACGGACAAAAUCCAAUAUGAAGAAACAGUGGGAGGGUUUACUUCGAUAUCACUUUAAAAUGAAAAUAGUUUUUACUGAAACUGGGAACUAUAUUUAUUGGCUUCUUAGAAGUGAUAGUUGGAAAAUGAAUGCUUUAUUUAAAUUCUUAACACUACCAGUCUAUUAAUGGGAUAUUUUGCAAGUGAAUACUUAUAUAGGGCUACUCAAUGUUAUUUUAUGCUGUACUAGAACUAUGUAGGUAAUUCAGUCUUCCCCAUGCCCCCCACAUGAAAACUAAGUAGUGAGCUUUGCAUCAUCAAAUCAUAUCAGGGCUUUAAUACAAGAUAAAGGUCAUUAGAGACUCGUACUUCUAAUAAGAUGACCAACUUGUAGCUGCAUUAUUUAACUGCAUGCAAGUGACAUUACCAUAAAUAAUGGUAAAACCUCAAUGCUAACUGGCUUACAGAGUAACGGUUCUAUUAUGUCACAUUUUUCCAUUCAACCUUUUCCAUUUUUAUUAAAAAUGACUGUAAGGUAGAAAGUGAGGCACUGUACAUACAUGCAUCAAUAAGUUAGAAUAAAGACACACAAUGAUACAGAAGUGUUGAAGCCCUUCUGUUCUGUGACACCUGAUCAAAAAUGGCUCAGGGAGAGAAUUUAUUUCCUCUCAAUGACGAUUGUGUGGUUUCUGAAAAACAAAUCACUGUUCUUAAGUACACUCCUUAAGGGCAAAUGGUUAUGUUCUUUUUUUUCCCCAAAAUUUAUUAUGAUUCAGUUUCUCAUGAUAGAGGGGGCCAGGAUGAAGUACUGUGGACACAACAUGGAAUUGGAAGAAUCAGUGUCCACGUAAAGAAGACUGAACAGCACAGGGGCAGAAGUUGCAGGUCCAUGUGUUUCAGAGUUGAGUUUGGCCCCAACAGAGGCAUCAAUUUCCCUUGUCUUGAGGAGCAAUUAUUUUUAAGAAAGCUUUGUGAAAAUCAAUUUACGGAAUGGCUGUAAGUAUACAACAUAAAUAUUAUCUGUGUUGUUUUCACGAUACUUAAUGAUUUUCCCAGAUUCCCAACUGGUUAAGAAAAUCUGAAUGUCAUUGAUUGAUACUGUAAUAUAGCCACAGCUCUACUAAAAGAAACACACUGUAACAGAAGGUGAGAAUAAAGCCACUAGAAAAUUUAAAUCA